CUUUUUCAUUUGUGAAAAAUGAGCGACGCCAGCAGGAAUCGUGAAGCGUUCUCGCAACAGCAGGUGGUGAAAAUAAACAACCAAUUCUUUCCUGUCGCUUACUGGCUCUGCUUCUUAUUGGGUUUUGCGUCCAUCUUGAUACAGAUAGCCGUGCUGGUGAUCUCCGGUUCACUGAACUCGUAUGUCCCCCAUGGCCUCCACGACCUGGGCUUCGCAAUCUGGAGUGGCGUCUUCGUCUUGUUAGCUGGCUGUUUCGGAUUAGCUUCGACUUUCACACGAAAUAAUAUGCGUUGGAUCAAGUUUACUCUCCUGAUGUCGACGUUUUCAAUCGAAGCUUCGAUCUUCGCCGCUACUCUGUCCGGAAUGGCGGCUUCCAAUGGCGUUUCCACUGGCUGCUACGAUUCAACACACGGGGAAUUAUGCUCAACGUGGAUAAAUUUGGAAUGGAGCCUGAUGGCAGUAUGCGUAUUGGCUGCGAUCGAUUCAAUAGUUUUGAUUGCUUUGACAUCGGAUGUCUUUUGUUGCAGUAAUGAUAAAAACGCAACCGUGAACACUGACGGUCAUCAGGUAGUCAUUGGGACAGGGGACAUUGGGAUUGGAAACAGCCAACAACCAGUUGAUGUCAAACAACCGACGAUGCAAUUAAAUGCGCAAGUAGCGCAACAGCUGAUGUGAACACUUCAAUUACCCUGAUAUCCAUCCUACAGCUGAUUCAGAGUCGACAGACACCAUAACCGGUUUCAGCAACGGCUCCAUCAGUUCUACCGCAAGUGCAACAGCACUAGCGAGCAUUAUAGUCACUAGUCAGAAUGGUUUUAUAAUUAAAUAAUCUAUAUAAAUAAUAUCCGAAUUUCAUGCUGCUGAAUAAACGCUAAUUAUACAACGUGA